AUGGCCCUCCUCAGUAGAAGUGGCGAGUCCGUCUCGGCCUAUAACCUCAUGAUCAUUGCUUUUGCUACUUUUGGGAGUAUCACCUAUGGCUAUUGCUCAGCAAUUAUCGGCUCGACACUCGGGCAGCCAUCCUUCCUCGCAUACUUCGGUUUGGACACCGCACCCAACUCCGCCGAGCUAAUGGGCGCCAUCAACGGUCUGUUCCAGGCCGGGGGUCUCUUCGGCACUCUGAUGGCUGGCGUUACCGGUGACAAGUUUGGCCGUUGCAAAGCUAUGUUCAUAGCCUGCCUUUUUGCCAUUAUUGGCGGUGCUCUGCAGGCCGGCUCCGUCCACAUUGCUAUGUUCCUCGUCGCGAGAUUUAUUGCUGGUGUGGGCAUUGGCGGGCUCGUCAUGUUGGUCCCCCUUUGGCAGAGCGAAAUCUCUCCCCCUCAUUCCAGGGGACUUCUGGUCGGGCUUCACGGUGUUUCCAUUUUAAUCGGAUAUUCCUCGUCGGCCUGGAUCGGUUUCGCAUUUUAUUUUGUUGACGCGAGUGGCUCUCAGUGGCGACCUCCUCUGGCCAUCCAGUGCGUUUUCCCACUCAUCUUAGCCAGCGGCUUGUAUUUCAUUCCCGAGUCCCCACGCUGGUUGAUCGAAGACGGCCAAGACGAGAGGGCUCAGUUGGUGCUUGAGAAGAUACACAGGAAGCCUAACAACGAGGAGAGCCAAACUUUUGUUUGCCGAGAGUUCAGCCAGAUUCAUGCGCAGCUCGCGUUUGAACGUACCCUACCCAGUUCCUGGAGUUCCGUAUUCACCAUUCCCCACUACCGCAAGAGGGCCAUUAUCGGAUUUUCCACUCUCCUCGCCGGCCAACUCACUGGUACAAUGGUCAUCAAUAAUUACGGCCCUUCACUGUACAAGGCGUUAGGCCACUCCGACAGCGAGUCUCUCGCUCUGGCGGCCGGUUGGCUCACCGAAGGCAUCGUCAUGAACUUCCUCAAUGCCAUAAUGCUUGACUACUUUGGCCGCAAGUGGCUGAUGGCCGUCGGUAUGGCCGGGUGCGCAGCCUCGUUGCUCGGCGUCAGCGUUCUGAUCUCGGUAUACGGCGGAACAGACCACAAGGCGGGCAACAGCGCUAGUGUAUUCUUCCUUUACCUGCAUCUAACAUUCUACGCUGGCUGCAUGGAUGCGUCGACCUACGUUUACGGAUCAGAGAUCUGGCCUACGCACCUCAGAGCAAAGGGGUUCGCCAUCUCAUGCGCCGGUCUCUUUAUUGGGUCGCUCUGCCUUGUGGAAGCGGCCCCGACCGCCUUUCAGACCAUCGGUUGGCGAUUCUACUUGAUCAUGAUGGCUUUUAGUAUUAUCUUCGCCGUCUUAUUCGCACUCUACUGGCCUGAGACAAAAGGUCUCUCACUUGAGGAAAUCGCUGUUAAGUUCGGCGACGAACUUGCCGCCACUGAUGGAGAGACUGACAAGGUCGUCGACUCCACCUCUGCCAUUACCAGCAGCAAGGACGGAGAAAAGUCUUCCCUCUAA